UACAACUGUAUCGUGCUGCUGCCUACAGAAGAAAAGCAUCCAAGAAGUGAUGAACCAUCCGUUUGAUGAGAAAUAAAAAGGAAUAUCAAAAAUUUGAAUGGCUGAAGCUGAAACAGCUACUUUCAAAGUAACAGAAAGAAAAGUAAUGACAGGAGCAGAAGAGUUAGAGUUGAAAAGAGAUUCAUCACUUCUUUCUCUCAUUCAAAACCGUGCAUGAGACUUUCAUCCCACACGGCUCCUGAGUGAUAAAAGAAAGAAGAUGAGUUUCUAACACUUAACUCGAGCUAAUAUUCAUUUCUCUUCAUAUCUGGGAAGAUAGGUGUUUUAGUUCUAAAUCAAAUUAUUUGAUUUUUGGCUGGUUUUUAAGUUUUUUCUUUACACAAAAAUCGAUACAAAUGCUUUUUACAGUAACUAAUUCAAACUACUUGGAAUUAGUAAUAGUUCUUGCCAAAUGGUUCCUUCAUGAAUGCAACUAAUGCAGGUCCAACUGUUCUAGGACUCCUAAAUAUUCAACUUUUUCAAGAAAAUUGAGAAGAAAUCAACGACAAGACUUUUGGCACUUGGGCCGACUUGGCUGCUUCAUCUUCGUUGACCACAAGUUCUCAUCGCAGGCUUUCUUCUAGCAAUCGUGAUUCCGAUCAUCAAAGGCCUUUUCGCCUCUGCUGCUGGAUUGACUUUGACAGAAGGAAAGAUGGCUGAUGAUGAAAUUGUUAGUCUGGUGAAGCAGGUGGACAAAUUAGUUAUUAUCCUACACAAACUACUGAAUAUAAAGACAUUGCAAGCUAAGUUAGUUAUUGAAAAAAUUGGUGAGGUCAUCGGAGUAUUGGAAAUGGAAGGACCCCCAACUUUGCCGGACCAAUUAGAAAAAGAUAUUGCAACUCUUGCGCUGCCUAUAGGAGAUUUUGUUCAGAGAACUGAGCUACUAAAUUCAUCGUCAAAUGGUGAGUAUAUGAUGAACAUUCAUCAGUGCUGGGGACGAAAAUUAUCAAGUGAAGUGCGAGAAUUAGUAGAACAGAUUGGUUUAAAUGAGAAUAAGCUGGAGAAAUUUCUUGAUGAAUCUGACUACUACAACUCCUGGAAAGAUUUACGCCACAAUUUAGCCUUGCUACCUUAUCGUGUGGCGGUGAGGGAUCUGCUCCAGUCUUGUCGAGAACUCAGAGACGCCGUGAACUUUUUUCAUGAAGUGGGUACUGAAUCAGCUUUUCUCUGCCAACAUCUAAAGUUCUUGCUGAGCUUUGCUGAGCUGGGCGAGCGUUCUAAUGAAUGGCGUUGUCGCCAAUUUGUGAAAGGCAUCAGGGAUGUUGCUAACGAAGCUCUUGGUGCGCUGAACUGUGCAGACAAAUAUAGUCGUUACGUAAUGGCGAAGUAUUAUCAAACAGACAGAUGUGCUUCAGCUAAAUGCGUACCGGCGCAUAGUUCCCAUUUGAGGAUGGUCAAGACGACAAUUAGUUCUGACGAUGACGAGCAAGCCAAGAGAUUUUUUUAUGGGAAACAUGGCAAGCGAUUUGUUUUGUUGGAGACUUUAAGAUUGCUUCAUUCCUUCGCAGUAGAGAUUGAUACGACUGGUGGGAAACUUGGCAGGGAAGAUCCUCAAUCACAUAACGCUUCAUCUGGAAGAAAUGGUUUUCCUUCACUGUCUAUGAUUCGUGAGAAGUUUGCUAGAGAAGAUCUUCCUUCACUGCCUAGCACGUAUUAUCUACGUGCUUUUCCCUUAAUUGAAGCAAGAAAAAGAAGAAGAGUUAGUAGUAGUGAUACCAGGCCUGACAAACAGGUUAAUUAUCUACGUGCUUUUAGAGGAAAAAGAAGAGUUAUUAGUAUUAGGUCUGGUGAUAAUAGUGAGUGUGUUUGGAUUGUAAGUUAUUUGAAAUAUUUUUACUGUAGCACUUUUUGUGAUGUGAUGUAUGUGAGAUAAAAAGGUAAUUGGGAAGAUAAAAAGGUGUAUUGGAAAUUGUAAUGGUGAUGUCAGCAAAUAUAUUUGGCCAAAUAAUUGGCUGUCCAAACA